AUGAAGUCCCUCAUGCUGUGGGGCGCCUUUGAGCAGCCUCUCCACGACUGCCUCUUAGAAGAGCUAAGAGCUGGCAGCGAAUUUGACCUACAGGUCGUGUUCCCUUCUUCCACAUUCACUGAACCUCAACAGACUCUGCAGAGCUUGCCAAAUACAGCCGCCGUGAAUCUAGAUACCGCGGAGGCACGUUUCAAUGACGAAGAGCUGCGAGCACUCAGGGGUGCUGACAUCAUCCUUCAUCAGCUCAGGCAGACUGAGAGCGAAAGAGAAGAAUUUGCUGACGUCCUUCGAGUCUUGAAAGCUGGCCCCCAAGGAAAGGAGACAGUCUUCAUUGCCGUCUCCGACAUCUUGACAUGGGCUCGCUUGCGCGUGGAUAUGGAAGAGCCAUGCUCUACAGCGGACGAGCCGCGGAGAAGGCCCCAUCCCCAAUACGGCGACCUUCUAGAAGCUGAGAGAAGGGUCACACGAGCACAGAAACAGGGCCUGCUUAGGACGUACGUCGUCUGGCCCGGGGUUCAGUAUGGAGGAGGAGAAAGGGCCUUGGAGAGUGUGUUCCGGGACUCCUGGUCAGGGGAGGGUCCCACUGUGUACGGCUUCGGAGACAACGUCCUGCCAACCAUACACGUGUCCGACCUGGCGACCUUCAUCAAACACGUGGCAGUCACACUGCCACCUCAGCAGCACCUGUUGGCUGUGGACGAGGCGCGCUGCACGCAGCAAGCAUUGGUCGAAGGCGUCGCUGCCCACUUUGGUGCGGACGUCCGGCGGAUGUCCGUGGAGGAGAUGUGGCUGUCCAACAGGAGAGUCGAGCCCAGCCUGCUCCUCAACCUGCCGAUGCAAGCGACGCCCCUCGAGGAGAUGACGUGGCGCUUUAAGGACGGUCCCCUUCCCUACGUGGCCAGGCUUGCCCGCGACUUUCUGGACCGUCGUGGCCUCGCCCCCCUUCGCGUGUCGCUCCACGGCCCCCCCGCGGCCGGAAAAAGCGCGCUUGCGCGCGCGCUCGCACAGGAGUACGGCGUCGACGUCCUUUCGGUGCCCGCGGUCAUCAAGUGGGCCCUUGAAGAGUGCGAAGACCCGGUUCUAAGGCAGUCCGCCUCCGCCGCCCUCGCUCCCCCUCCCCCGGUCCCCGAACCAAAGCCCAAAAAGGGCCAACCGGUUGCCCCGUCACCCGAACCGAAGAGGCCUCGUCUUUCGGACGCUCUCCUAGUUCAAGCCGUCCGCGGCUACCUGACGUCCGGUAAACUGGGCCCGGAAUGCCGGCGGAACGGCUUCAUCCUGGACGGUUUCCCGAAGACGUUGGCGCAGACGCAGCUUCUCUUCGCGGACGAACCCGUCCGGAGCGAAGCCAGCCGGACGCCGGAGCCACCGGAACCGGAAGCCUCUCGCCCAUCCGCAAAGCGUGUUAGCUCCAUAAAACCGACCGACGACAAAACGGAGGCAGCGCCUAAGGCCGCGGGCCGAAGAGCCAGCCCGCUGAUCCGAAUGAUGUCCUCCAAGGAAGUGCAGCCGCCGCUUCCGCCGGAAGCCGCCCCGGAAGCGGAGACUGGAACGAGCGGUGCGCCCAAGAAAGAGCAGUGGAAGGUGAAGCUCGACUGGUCGGUGCUUCUGAAAGCGACGGACGAGAUCCUGGCGGCGCGCAUUGCGGCGAUUCCGGAGAAGGAGCGGGCCGGAACGCACAACGUCGGAACGGAGUUUGCGCGGCGGAUCUCCGUUUACAACGAGGCGGUGUUGCCUGAACUGGAGGGAAUCUUGGAGAGCGUCAGAACGGCGGGGGCUUCGAUUCUCGAGAUAGACCAAGCGGAGAUUCCGGAGAGGCCCAUGACAGCCCAGACCGAGCGUUCCGUUGCGAGCGACCGGAACACUCAUUCCGCCGGAAGUGACCGGCCUAACCGUUCGGCAGGAAGCGACCGGAACACCGUCUCCGCUGGAAGCGACAAGAUUGGCUCUGUAGGAAGCGAGCGGAACAUUGGUUCCGCUGGAAGCGACCGGAACACGAGGUCCGCCGGAAGCGCCGGAAGCUUGGGCGAUGGCCUCAGCGGAACGAUGCCGGUCGACGAGGCAUUGGAACGAGAGAGCGUCGCGGGAAGUGAAACGCUAAAGUCUCCCAAAGCAGGGACGCCUGGAAUGACGUCAGCGGGCUCCAGACUGGGAACGCCAAAAUCGCCGUCAGCACACAGCGGAGGACUUCCGUCGCCGGGAACGAGGCCGCCAAGCGGAGCGUCCUCGAGCGGAAUUGAACGGACGGGCGGAAACGUUGAGAAAGCUAGAACGCCGGUCCCGAAAGUGGAACCGACUGGAAUGGGUUUAGAAAUGGUCAUCGGGAGGGUUAGGGCAGCGCUUGGGCCACCGGAGAGGUAUGCCGGAAGCAAGCGGAAGCCGCAGCCCGUCGAGCGGACGGAACCGGAGCCGGCACCACAGGAGCAGGGAUCACAAGAGCAUGGGCAGGACGUGGAGACAAGCGACGAGCCGAUCGCGUCUCCUGAGGGGACCGAGGAAGCGGCUGCCGUUCAGAGCUCGGAUUCGGCAACAGUCCUGCCGGAACCGGAGCCCGGGCUGGCCCCAAAACCGCGCGCGACUCUGGAGCAGCGCAGUGCGGGCAUCCAGGCGUGGCUCGCGAGCACGGUGAUGCCCGCCGUCCUGCAGGCGAUGCUGCACGCCGCGCGCGCGCGCGCAGACGACCCGGCAGAGGCGAUGGCCCGACAUCUGCUGCACACGGCGCGCCUUCAGAAAGCUCAGGAACGGGCGGCGCAAACGUGA